UUUUAGUUUCGUGGCAGUCUUCAGUCGAAUACAAUCUUCGCUCUGUGCAUGACUAACUCAUUAAUAUAACAGUGGAUUUUUUUUUAUUUUUUAUUUCAAGCGAUAAUAAAUAAAUAAAUUAAUUAAUUUUUGAGCUUUGUGGAUUGAUAUGCCAGUGUGGGAUACAGUUUAUUUUUUAACAGUGCAGUAGCUUGUGGUGGUAGUUAUGCAAAAUUUUUCAAUCAGGUUGAGGUGGUUUAAUUGAUUUGGCCAAUCGAAUGAUACUAGUUGGCGUAAAAUAUUUUUACAAGUUCGUUCAUAAAUUCUUUAUAGUUUCUCUGGCGAGUGGUAAUGGUUCAACGAGAACACAAAAUAAUUGAUCUAUUGAUUAAAUUUGAUAACGAAACGACUAGACUGUUGUGAAAAUAAUUAACGAAAUUUUUUAAUAAAUUUUUGGUUGUUCUUGGACAUUUCGUUUCUGCUAAUUUUAGCCGAAAGGAAGAGAAAAAUAGUGAAUUUUUUGAUGGAAGCUAAAUAAAGACGAAGGAAUCUGGAAAAAAAGAAAAAUAAAGUGACGGACAAACGUUUUCUUGUGAUUACUCAAGACUUGCAGUAUUAGAUCGCCCGCGAAGUUGAAGAUUUAAGCAAGCAUUGUAUCACUUAACAUAAAAGAUAAAGCAAAAAGUUUUAGCUUAAGUUCAAGUUGAAUAGUCCUUAAGCUUUAUGAAUGGAAUUAACAUUUGGUGUUGCUGAGGGUUAAGUUAAAAAAGUAUAAAAGAUAAAAUUUUUUUUUUUUUUUACUAUGAAAUGAUUUUGACAUAGACCUGACAUCGCUUAAUAAUGAGCACAUGUGGCGCUUUCGUCACUACCGACAAACAUAUCCCGUAGAAUUAUAACAAAAAAUCUAUAACAAAAAAUGAAUAAAAAAUGUCGUUUUGAAGAUUGUAAAAAAAAUGUGACGGCAAUCUGGCAAGUUCGGCGAAUGUGCGGGUUGUGAUUUUGAAUUUACCGCGUACAUAACUUUUCUUCGAGGACGAAUAAAAUUUUAUUUCAAUUUGAAGAAAAAAAACUUGAAAUUUUAUUGGUAAUUUUCAAUAAUGAGUCGUUACAUUUUAGGAAUUUUUAUUUGCGAUCGGAAUCUGUCGACUGUUGUAGUAAUGACAAUUGCGCGGCGAAUUAGAUUGCUCGAGUUUGAGAUUUUAUCUUCGGAGUAGAAGAGAAGAGCAUUUACAUUGAAAAUAAAAAAAAAAUUACCGGGGUUACAGGUUACGUCUUAAUAUAUGUUACACAGGAUUGAAUAUAAUAUGGAUCUGAGAUAUCUUAGAUGGAUGAAAGUAAAUGUGUUGCCGUGACAAGUUGAGUGUAUCGAUAAGUGUAAGAAAAAAUUUAUAAAAAAGUUUAAAAGCGCUAGAGUGAUUCAAGAUGCAUCCCACGUCGUCGUUUGUAUUUUUCAUGAGUUUACUGAUGCUGACAUAUUGUCUCGUCAAAGGUAAUGGCAUACCUGACUCUGCGAACAAAGGAACACCAACUAAAUUGGUCUGGGCCGAAGAAUAUGACGAUGUUGAAUUACCUUGUGACCUUACACCUCCAACACCAAUGGACUCUGUUAUUAUGGUACUCUGGUUUAAAGAUGACAUCGGUAUUCCUUUGUACAGCGUCGAUGCAAGAACUAAAGGAAUGAACGAUGCCAUACAUUGGGCAGCCAGCGACGAUUUGGGAAAUCGAACGCAUUUUUUCAGCGGAAACGGUCAUCGUGCAAGACUCAAGGUGAAGGCGGUUAAAUUUGAGGAUCAAGGAAUCUUUCGGUGUCGAGUUGAUUUUUCAAAUUCUCCAACAAGAAAUUUUCGUGUGAAUCUUACGUUAGUUGAGCAACCCACACGGCCAAUAAUUUAUGACGCUCAGGGACGUGAGGUAAUGGGCGUCCCUCGCUUCUUUGAAGGCUAUGAUCUCAGGCUUACUUGCCAAGUAUCCGGAGGUCGGCCAAAACCCACGGUAACUUGGUGGAAAGACGGGCAACUUUUGGAUGGGGUUGUUGACGUGCCAGAGAUUUCUGACAUCUCUGGAAGUUCUAGCAAAUUUACAGUAAAUCAUCUUUUCAUCGGUAAAGUGACUAGAUCAUUGUGGGGUUCUACAUUAGAAUGUAGAGCGCAGUCGGGUCCUAUGAAUAAACCGAUUGUCAGAGAAGUACCUCUAGAUGUUUAUUUGAAGCCUCUGGCGGUAAAAAUCCAUCUGCACGAUGAUCUAAUACAAGUUGGACAGCCAAUAGCAGCAAGAUGUGAGAGUUGGGGUAGUUGGCCAGCGGCGACUCUCACAUGGAGUCUCGGUGGACUGAAAUUCCGAGAUCCGGUUGUCGCAUCAACCCAACGAAGCAAUUCCACGGUUAGCAAACUCGCUCUCGUGCUUGAUCGUGAAGACGAUGGCAAAGAACUCAGCUGCACCGCAGUCAAUCACAAUUUUCCCGGUGGUGAACUCAAAGAGAGCCGUGUACUUCAUGUUGCAUAUCCACCAAUAGUUGAUAUUCAGCUUGCUGCAGGCUACAGACUAGAAACACUCAGAGAAGGUGAUGACUUGAAAUUGGUUUGCCACAUUCAGAGCAAUCCCACGUCUUCUGAAAUAUUGUGGUUUCAUAAUGAUACUCGCUUAGAACAUGACAUUGCAAGAGGAAUCCUAAUAGCUGCAAAUACUUUAACAUUAAGAGUCUUAAGUCUUCAGUAUUCUGGAGAGUAUUCUUGUUAUGCUAAAAAUGAUGUUGGAGAAGCAAGAAGUCAACCACUUUUCAUCUAUAUGAAGUAUGCUCCAAGAUGCAAAGUCGGAUUUGAAUAUAAUAAUGUUGUUGCAUUACUCGACGAAACAGUUAAAUUACGCUGUGAAGUUGAAGCAACUCCAAAUGAUGGAGUGAGAUUUUCUUGGACUUUUAACGGAACAAAGGGAGACGUAUUGCCUAUUCAAAACUCACGUCCAAGAAAUCAUGAGCGUACUAGUACUUUGGAAUAUACAAUUUUAAUUGACAGUGAUUACGGCACUCUUGGCUGCUGGGCUAGUAAUAGUGUAGGAAGACAAAGAACACCUUGUAUUUUCAACAUUGUACCUGCAAAAGUACCACAAUCUCCAAUAGACUGUACUCUUCACAACGAGAGUAGCGCACUUGAAGUCAAUUGCAUCCCCGGCUCGGACGGUGGUUUACCUCAGCACUUCCUGCUGGAAGUACGUGGCUCCAUGGUAGAGACGCAAUUGCUCCAAACUUCACAGACUCUUCAAACGCCCCAAAGUGACCAAGGAAAGAUGGGCGAGGCUCCGCCUAUUUAUCGGACGGAAAAUUUACGACCGACUUUUCAACUUAACGAUUUAGAGCCUGGUUAUGACUAUACUCUAGCUGUUUAUGCUAUCAACAAACAUGGAAGAAGUCAACCAAAACUUUUUCGCAAUGUAAGAAUUUACGGGACUGAUCUUGAAAGAAAUAUGGAAGUAUCGGGUGAAUUUGUUAUCGAUAAUAAGCAAAAUAUCAUUCCAAGGAGUAAUUUAGAAAACUUUCUCAUCACUGCUGGUGUUAUUGGUGGUGCUGCUGCGAUUUUAGUCGGUAUUGGUAUCAUUAUCGGUGUAAUAAUCUGCCGCAAGCGUGUUCACACGCCUAGAGCUGAAUACAUAGAAGACCUUACAACUCCCACAUAUGUAUCAGCGCAGAGAAUAGAGCCAAGAGUUAAGUACGGUUCUGAUCGUAGACGGUCUCAGAGGACAAGUUUGUACAUGGAAGAGAGUAAGAAUGAUCCCGAUCUACUGCCGCAGGUUGAAAUUGAUCUCCACAGAUAAUUUUAUUAUUUAUUAUUUUUUGUACAAAGUUUUUAACUGUAAAUUAUUAUUUUCUAAUAAUUAAAGUUGGAAUU